AUAAACCUGAGGCGUCCCGAGCCUAUCGGAGCAGGCUCCACGUGUUAGGCUGUAACCACCCCCUUCCCUCGGAUCCAACGGCUCAGGAAAUGCCUCCCCCCACGAGCACGAAUCAUGAGGUGAGAAAUGCGCCACGGGAUAAACAUCUCCCGAAUUCAAACGACCGCGGGCAAAUCCCCCCACCCUCUCGCCUCAUCCAAAUCGGCAAAUCCCCAAUUCCACGGAGGUUGCGGACCCGCCAUUGCUGCUCGAUCUCUUCCUCCCCUCCUCGUCUCACCGUCGCAGCGCUCGUCCGUCCCCCUCCGAGGCCCCGGCCGGAUGGCGAGGCCAUCAUCGGGCCCGCCGGGUGGUCCCCCGGAGCCCGGUCGCCACGACGCGCCGAUGCUGCUGCGCGUGCACGUGAUCGAGGCGCGGGGCCUGCCGGCCAUCUACCUCAACGGUUCCAGCGACCCCUACGUGCGGCUGCAGCUGGGGCGGCGCCGCCCGCGGGCCACCACGGUGGUGAAGCGCAGCCUCAGCCCCGUGUGGGACGAGGAGUUCGGGUUCCUCGUCGGCGACGUCGCCGAGGAGCUCGUCGUCUCCGUGCUCAACGAGGACCGCUUCUUCGGCGCCGAGUUCCUGGGCCGGGUGAGGGUGCCCCUCACCGCCAUCAUGGAGACGGACGACCUCUCGCUUGGCACCAGGUGGUACCAGCUCCAGCCCAGGACCGGCGGCGGCGCCAAGUUCAGGAAGAAAAGGCGCGGUGAAAUUUGCCUGAGAGUAUACUUAUCGGUUAGGGCCACCCUUUGUGAUGACGCACAUCAAGCUCCACAGCAACUUAUUGAUGAUAUAUCAUGCAGCUCACACAGGUCAAUUGAAACUAAUGACUCCUCAUUAUCAGCUACUGCUAGUAGCCUGGAUAUGUCAGCCUGUGCCAGCAUUGAUCGAGCAUCCCUCAAAAGUUUGGAUGGCUUCAACCAAAGCAUAAUGGAGGUCCGAGGCCCUAUAAGCACAGGGCCACCAUCUUGUGUCAGCACAGAGCAAUCCAUUCUUCUAGAGCCUGAAGAAGAUGAUGGUAGUGCUGAUACAUCCACAGUAGUGGAGGUCAUGUCUCGAUACUUCCGGAAAACUGCUGACACUACACAUUCUGUAGCAUCAGAUCCUGUUUCCACAGACCAGUUUCGAAACACACAAAUGAAUUCCGAGUGUCGUGAAAAUGGCGAGGGUUGCACACUGCCUGAGGUCAGUCUUGAUGAACUACUGAAAAGUAUGGAGUCCAAAGACCAAGCUUGUGAAAUGCCGGCAAACUUGCCUGGUGGUGUACUAGUGGACCAAUCUUACAUUAUUGCACCAGCAGAACUGAAUUCAUUGUUGUUUUCUGGAACUUCAGAUUUCUGGCCAGAAGUUUCUGAACUUCAAGGAACAAGUGGAUUUCAAAUUGAGCCCUGGAGGCAUGACAAUAGUGAGAAUUGUUUAAAAAGAACAAUAUCUUAUACAAAAGCUGCUAGCAAAUUAGUUAAAUCUGUAAAAGCCACAGAAGAGCAGAAAUACUUGAAGGCAAAUGGAAGUUCUUUUGCAGUUUUGUCUAGCGUUAGCACUCCUGAUGUUCCUUGUGGUAAUUGUUUCAAGGUGGAGAUAUUGUAUCGUAUAGUAUCUGGUUCCCAGCUGCCAUUAGAGGAACAGGCCACACAACUUACUGUAAGUUGGCGUCUGAACUUUGUUCAGAGUACGAUGCUGAAAGGAAUGAUAGAGAAUGGAGCGAAACAAGGCCUUGCAGAGGGUUAUUCACAUUUCUCUGAGGUACUGUCCCGGAAAAUUAAAGUAGCUGAACUUGACGAUGCUAAUUCCAAAGAUAAGAUUUUAGCAUCACUGCAGACGCAGAAAGAAUCAAACUGGAAGCUGGUUGCCCGCUUCCUUGGAAGCUUUGCAUUCAUAUGCUCUCUCAGUACAGCACUGUAUAUCAUGACACAUCUUCAUCUAGCAAAGCCUAAUGUGGUGCAUGGCGGUCUUGAAUAUUUUGGUAUUGAUCUUCCAGAUUCCGUUGGAGAGAUUGUAUUUUGUCUUAUUUUGAUCAUUCAGGGGCAUAAUAUCAUCAAAGUAGGGCGACGUUUUUUGCAAGCCUGGAAACAACGUGGUAGUGAUCAUGGGGUCAAAGCUCAUGGAGACGGUUGGUUGUUGACUAUUGCACUUAUUGAGGGAAGCGGUGUAGUAAGUGCAGGUACACCUGGUUUUCCUGAUCCGUACGUAGUUUUUAUGUGCAACGGAAAGAGGAAAACCAGCUCAGUCAAAUACCACACUUCUGAACCAAAAUGGAAUGAAAUAUUUGAAUUUGAUGCGAUGGAUGACCCGCCAGCGAGAUUGGACGUGGUUGUGCAUGAUUCAGAUGGACCAAGCAAUGAAACUCCUAUUGGUCAAACAGAAGUCAACUUUGUGAAAAACAAUUUGUCAGAUUUGGGUGACAUGUGGCUUCCUCUUGAUGGAAGGUUUCCCCAAGGGCACCAGCCUAAAUUGCAUCUGCGUAUCUUUUUGAACAAUUCACGGGGGACUGAAGUUGUUAUGGAUUAUCUGGAAAAAAUGGGGAAAGAAGUUGGCAAGAAGAUGCAAUUGCGCUCAUCUCAGACAAAUUCUGCAUUCCGUAAGCUCUUCAGCCUUCCUCCUGAAGAAUUUCUCAUUGACGAUUUCACCUGCCAUCUAAAACGGAAAAUGCCACUUCAGGGGCGCCUCUUUCUUUCCCCAAGAAUAACUGGAUUCUAUUCCAAUAUAUUUGGCCGGAAAACCAAGUUUUUCUUCCUUUGGGAAGAUGUCGAUGACAUCCAGGUUGUUCCACCGAAACUAGCAACAGUCGGCAGUCCAUCAUUGAUGAUCAUCCUUCGCAAGGACAGAGGUCUUGAAGCCAGGCAUGGCGCCAAAGCACUGGAUCCUCAAGGGAGACUGAAGUUCCAUUUUCAGACAUUUGUUUCAUUCAAUGAUGCUCACAGAAUUAUUAUGGCAAUUUGGAAAAUGCGGUCACCAGGUCUGGAACAAAAAGGUGAGAUGAUCGAUAAAGAACCUGAACUGAAAGAGAACCCGUAUGAAGAAGGUUCUCUAUUGGCCAAUGAAGAUGUAAAAAUGUCAGAAGUUUAUUCGGCAGUUCUUUCUGUCGAUGUCAGUGCCUUAAUGGAGAUGUUCUCUGGAGGUCCACUGGAACACAAAGUGAUGGAGAGAGCCGGUUGUGUUGACUACUCAGCUACAGAAUGGGAGCUGCUAAACCGUAAUGUAUACCAACGUCGUAUAAGCUUUCGGUUUGACAAAAGCUUGUCAAAAUAUGGAGGAGAAGCAACGACAACUCAGCAAAAGUAUAACUUAACGAACCAAAAUGAAUGGAUUGUCGAGGAGGUGAUGACCCUCCAAGGUGUCCAACAUGAAGACUACUCCAGUAUCCAAUUGAAGUACCACAUGACUAGCACACCCUUGAGACCAAACAGCUGCAGAAUCAAGGUGUUGUUAGGGAUUGCCUGGUUGAAAGGCACUAAACAUCAGAAGAAGGCUGCAAAGAAUGUCAUGAUGAAUUCCGCCAACAGGCUGAGGGAGAUCUUUUCAGAAGUUGAGAAGGAGGUCACAUCAAGGAAAGGUUCAAGCUAACUGGCGUAAGGUGAACAUGGAUUGACUCAGGUAGAUUAAAAGAUGAUAGCAAUUAUCAGCUGUGGACAUGGUCAGAAAUAGUCCGUUAGCGCCAGUUUGUUUCAGCUAUUACCAUUACUGCUGGUGGCCAACUUCUGCACAGAUGACUAACCAAUGUGAAAAGAGUUUUUGCACAGAUAGCCCUAGAUAUGUCCUCACACUUAAUUAGUUCAGUGUUAGUUUAAGUAGAGUUGUGUAUAUACACUAAAAAAUUAUCACAAGGUUUGAAGGAGCUAAGAUGAAAGAAUCCAUAUAUCGUGUCAUAGCCUACA